CGGCCGGACCACGCGAAGAUGGCGGCGGCCGCGGCGCUCACGGGCCCCCUCGGGCGGCUGGCGUUGGCCUGCGGCCGCAGCAUUCUAACACCCUGGCGGCCCGGAGCGGCCGCGCUCGGGCCCGCCGCGCGGAGACUCGGUUCGCAGAGCCCGUCGCCUCCAGCAGGGUAUGUUCCUAAAACGUCUCUGAGUUCACCACCAUGGCCAGAAGUUGUUCUGCCAGACCCAGUUGAGGAGACCAGACACCACACAGAUGUCGUGAGGAAGGUGAACGAGCUGAUCGCCACCGGCCAGUAUGGCCGUCUCUUUGCUGUGGUGCACUUUGCCAGCCACCAGUGGAAGGUGACCUCCGAAGACCUGAUUUUAAUCCAUAAUGAACUAGAUGUCAAGUGUGGGGAGAGGAUUCGAUUGGAGAAGGUCCUGCUGGUUGGGGCGGACAACUUCACGCUUAUUGGCAAGCCUCUCCUUGGAAAAGACCUCGUUCGAGUGGAAGCCACAGUCAUUGAGAAGACAGAAUCAUGGCCUAAAGUCAACAUGAAAUUCAAGAAAAGGAAAAACUACAGGAGGAAGAGAAUCAUUGUGGUCCCACAGACCGUCCUCCGGAUCAACACCAUUGAGAUCGCUCCAUGUUUGCUGUGAUUGCCAAGCCAGCGUUGAACCCAGUACCAAAUAAGCUCCUGGUGACCUGGGGUGCAUGCCUGUCAUCCCAGCCACUCAGGAGGCUGAGACAGGAGGAUCCAAGAUCAAGGCCAGCCUGGGCGACU